AUGGCAUCGUCAUCUGUAAACCAGCUUCCACGACCUCCAUAUGAUCCACAACUUGUCUCCCUCAUAGGAAAUGCACCGCCAUAUCCCCGAUCGAGGGACGAAGUGGUAGAAGGGCGACAAGUUCGCGCGAAAAAUAUGGCAUCUCUAGAAGCAUCUAUGCGCAACGACAAAGACCUCAUGUUUGAGGACCGUAGGAUCCCAGGACCAGCGUGUGAUAUCCCUCUAAUCAUCCUUCAAUCCAAUAAUCCCAAAACGCCAACUCGCCAGCGUCCUGCAGUUCUUUUCCUACAUGGGGGUGGCAUGGUGGUUGGCAAUGGCUUUCUCGGACUUGAAUUUUAUUGCCAGGUCGCAAAGGAGCUUGAUGCCGUAAUAAUAAGUGUUGAGUACCGUCUCGCCCCCGAGCAUCCCGCCCCGGCACCACAAGAUGACUGCUUCGCGGCAUUGAAAUGGGUAGCCGAGAAUGUAGCGGUGUUAGGCAUCGACGCAUCCCGUCUCAUGAUCGCGGGCGUCUCGGCAGGUGGCGGGCUAGCAGCCGGUGUAGCGCUGAAAGCCAGAGACGCCGGGGGGCCGAAGCUAUGCGCACAGCUGCUUACAUACCCCAUGCUUGACGACCGUGACAAGACAGUGUCCAAGAGGCAGUUCUUGAGGGAAGAAGGGUUGUAUGACAGUACCGAUAACAAUUUUGCAUGGUCAUGCGUUCUGGGCGACAAGCAGGGCAGUUCCGAAGGAGUAGAUUAUUACGUCGCACCCGCAAGGGCGACAGACCUAUCUGGUCUACCGCCUGCGUAUAUUGAUGUUGGCACAGCGGAUCCUUUCAGAGAUGAGGAUGUAGCAUACGCAACCAAGCUUUGCGAAUGCGGUGUCCAAACGGACUUGCACAUGUGGAGCGGUGGCUACCACGGCUUCGACAUAUUGGGGCUGCCUGUCGGGGCUGGGAUUGCUAAAGCAGCAAUCGAGACGAGAAUGGGAUGGGUUAGGAGAAUACUUUGCCAGGAGUAG